AUGGCUGGUGUCUCAUCAGCAGCCAUAAGAACACCCAUGGGUAGAGCACGCAUUUACCGAGGCGCCGGUUCACCGGCCUCUGAAAUCGCCAUGGACCCAAGAAGUCUCCAAGAUUCAUUCAACUCCAGCUCCAACACCUCAUCCGGCGUUUAUCUCUCUAGCAAUCCACAGGUUGACGUUUCGACCCAAGUUGACCUCAAUUCAGCGAUGAUCCACGACUGGGACAGACGGGCGACUCCUUUGUACUCGAGAGAAGACUUCAAAGAGCAGUACUGCAUAACGAGCCGCCAAUUGGACGCAGUUGAGAAAUCCAGCGGUGGAAUCUUCGGUUGUCUCUCGGCCAAGGGUCUAUCACCCUGCACGGCCACCAGGGUUUCAAUCUUGUCAGCGUGUGUCCGAAGUGCGUCAAGUGAUGAAAAUCUGUGUGACGCACCGUACCCACGGAAACCUUUUCAGAUAUUUUACCAGCAGCCUUAUCCGUCAUACCACCGAGGAAUCACUCGCUACGAUCUGGAUGAUGAUGAGUGGGUCAAUACUUCGUACUUUCGAAGGCGUCCUACGUCUUUCUGCACUAUUGCUGAUCCGAAAAGAUACACAUGGCUGCAGGAAGACGAGGAGUCGAUGCGAUUGGAAGGCCCAAGAUCGGUAUUGACAGCGAUAAACCAACCACAUGGCAUCCACAAGCCGAAGCACGUAAGCUUUGCUCGUUCACAUACGUUAACAUCAUUUGAGAUUGCAUCACGUAGCAAAAGUCCACCGAGACCACACGCUCAGGAACGUCUGAUUGAUACUCAGCCGACUGCGCAAGCGUGUCCACCAGCGGGAAUGAUCCACCCUUACCCACCUCCGGAACCUAAAAUACUUAUCCUAGAAAAAAACAAGCGGGGCGUUAUGAAAACUCAGGCUACGCAAACAGAAUUGCCAACGGGGUUGAGACGAGAGCCUCCGGUGACACUUAGUCCUAGGACGAUACAUCGAGUGAAGAUGGUGUCCCAGGGCGCCCAGACCAACGGGAUAAUCAACGGCAGGAAAUUGACCAAGAGCUAUUCGGAAGCUGGCCAAUUUGGCGCGCCUCUAGGCACUAAUGGGACCAAUAAGGAGGAGCCAGUCGAGCAUGAACCUUUGCAGAGGACACAGAGUGAAGAGCCACCGAAAUCUCCGUUUCUCAUCGACUCGCCGCCAAAGUCACCAGCCAGAGACCAACUGGGCAACGGUUCACUGGUAAACGGUGACCUGGAGCUCACGGGGAAGCGGCUCUCGAAGGAAGAGGAGGAAAUUUUGAUUGAUUUUAAACCAGCGCCGGUUUCCCCAGAUGCACGUGCGAUGCUAAAACAGAUGCCGUUGGUCUGGCGGAGGCCUAUUACUCUCCAGAAAACGUUCUCUGAUGGGGAAAUCCAAAUAGAGAGACGCGAAUUAAUUGACGAAGCCGGAGCGCCAAGCUAUCCUCACACUUGUCGUCGUAAUUAUAACGACCCAUGGAGUCGCAACAUCAGGCCACCCGUCCAAUUUUCAUCUACGCCUGAUGAUUUAUCGCUUCUACGCACUCAAUCCCCUCAAGAUGAUAAUCACGAAGAGGUGACGAAAUUCUUUAUCCCAAUCCAAUCGAUAUUAUGUCAUGCUAACUCAAGUAUGUUAUGUUCUAAUAAAUUCCAGGAAUUCCACGAGAAUAUCAUUCGCCGAGGACUAUUUCGUAAAAGAAGUGUCUCACUGGAAGACGGCGUUCAAGAUCUUGCUUCCAGUGAUUUCAAUCUACCCCGAUCGCUUCCUACCUCCCCGACCUCGCCGACUGCUAUUCCGAGAAUCCGAAAAGUCGAAGAAACUCCGCGUUAUGAAAUACGCCGACCUAGUUUCUUAAGAACAUGCCCAAUAGUUGGACCAAUUACUUCUCCAUUUGCAUCAAGUGACUCGUUGAAUAACGACGUCACCAAGGACCACAGCGACGGGAUUUGGAACGAAUCUCAAGCAACAGUGCUUCAAGCAGACACUCUCGCUCUUCUCACUCCUUCGUCUCGUAGAAGGCAUUUGCUACUACUCCAGCAUCAGCAGCGGUCUUCUAUGGACACUGAGACCCUGGACGUGGAAGAUGACAUCGAAAUCUGUCCUCCCAGUCCAAGGAUUCUUCUGGAACCACCAUUGAUUGUCCAUACCCCCAGUGAGCCGCUGUUGACCAAUGGACGUCCACGAAGUGGCCUUCGACGACGUAGUCCUGGGCCUCCCUACUCCUUGCCACAAUCACAGUCAUCAAGUGAGCUGGCUCUGAGCAUCGGUCGCACAGAUUCCGGUAGAACAGAUACCACCGAUCGCUCGGAAGCCUCAACUACAGAAGACUACGUCACUGCCAACACCUCAACUGGCACAGGAACCACCACCGGAACAUCAGCUACCAUCAGUUCAUGGUCACGACCUAGUGGGUACCAUGCGUCGUCAAGUGCUGCGGCGUCUGCUCCCGCUUCUACAACUGCUACAGCUGCUGACGGUAGCUCAUUUGAAAGUGCUAGCUCAAUUUAUAGCCUUGCCAGAAGCGAGGCGGUCUUAGAAGAACUACCACCGAGUCCCCAGGCUAUCUUCGAAGAAAUAGAGAUGCCAUUUGACCUAGCAGACCUAGUCCCGCCCUCACCCGCGAGAUCUUCCAGCAGUAGCAGUUCUGGCAGCUACGAUCUUGAAGAUGCUAUGCCGGAUCCUUGCCCUGAAUUUACAAUGGCUCCACUGAGCGGACAUGCCUCUGAAGCUGAAUUGGAUCACGACUAUAACAGAGCAUCAGAGAGGCGACUAUCAUCUGGUUACGUUGAAUCGCCUCCGGAACCUCACACCUGGACAGACGAGCCAAGGCGGAGAUCAUUUGUCCUUGAGUUUCCGACUGGACUGGAAGACCACAGCCAUCAUUCAGACCGAGCAGAGCUGCUGUUGGAUCCAGAUGUCAGUCCAACUCCCAGCCACCGACAUCGUCCACGUACGAAAGUUAACGCCGGAAGGUCUCCGUACAGGAAUAACAAGAAGCGGGACCCGCAGUCUCCAAUUUCUGCUUUAUCUAGAAGUCCUCAAAAGGAAGAGUGGAACAGAGAGAUUGGAGAUGACCCGGUCCAAAUUCCAACGUCAGAUGAUUCUAGUUGUAGCCAUCACUAUCACAUGCAUCACCAUCAUCAUCAUGUACACAGAGACAAUAUGGAACGUCAUCGCAGGACCAGGGAGAGUCCACGAAGAAAAACUAGUGGAUACGUUUCAACCCGUCGACGAAGCAAUGAGGACAAAAACGCAGCAUUCACUGGUAGCUUACCCAGGCGUAGAUCUCGACCGAUUGAAGACUGCUCAAAUCGACUCAGCCCAGGAAGCAGGUACCGCAGUCCAGGCCACAAUGGACACACCACAGUGAUUGUAAAGUCUCCGUCGUGUUUGGAGACCAGGUUAAAAGCGUUGUCAGCAGAAUCGUUGCGGUCUGUCAGUCCCGGAAGCGAUAGUGUAUUCUACAGUGAAAGUGCUGAUCUGUGUGCUGCCCACCACGACACUUCCCACUGCCAUAGUUGUGGAAAGGAGGUUGGCUCACUUUUCAAAGAUAAUCCCAAAAAUUCGACCAAUCACAAUCGGUUCCAGGUCACCGAAGAAAUAGUCCAACCACCCGCUGGAUUCGCGGACUCACCAGAAGGUCCGCGAAUUAUUGCCAAGCAUUCCGGGCACAGGUUGUAUAAAAAGCUCGACAAGCGAUACAGAUCAGAAGACCGUGGCGAGCGAAGGUAUCAUCGAAACAACGGAAGGUCAGACGUUCGAGCCAAAUCCGAGGAACGCGGAAGUCGUCCCUCCAGCAGAGGCUCUAUCGAAGAUGGAAUUCGACGACGUCUUCAAGCCAGAAGCACUGACGUCAGUAUGGAAACAUUAGCAUACCGAGAAGACGAAGACACUUACAUCGAACCCUACACCGGAAACGAGUGGAUCUACAUUGGGGAGCUGGAAGAGAGUCAUGUUUGGAAGCGACCCGACAGCCGUGAUGGAGAUGAUGAAUCAUCAGAGGGUCCAAUAAAAGACCGCAGAGGCUCACAAGGAUCCACCCAAAGUGAAAAAGACUUCCGGAAAAAGUACCAGACAGCUACUCAUCGCAUGGUACAUCGUAAGAGCAGCGGAGAAAUGUACAAGCGAAUGCAGAGCAAGAGUUUCGUGUUUGUGCCCGCGAACCCGCAAAUUGACAAAAUGGUUUGCGAUGCUGCCGGAGGAUACCCCGCGGAAUUAGGAGAAGACGUUUCGCUGAAGAGUUCCCUGGAGGAACUCUUGAAGUGCAUGCUCAGAGUUUGGUGCCGCGAAGGACAAGCCCUUACAAAGCUAGGUGCUCCAGAACCUGAGAGCGACAAAACAGUGAUUGUAAAACGAGAAGCCGGAGGCGAAUUUGGGUUCCGCAUCCAUGGUUCCAAACCCGUGGUAGUGUCCGCAAUUGAGCCAGAUACUCCAGCAGAAAGCUCUGGUCUGGAGGUGGGUGAUAUCAUCAUGUCAGUAAACGGAAGGAGUGUGAUGGAUGCAACCCACUCAGAAGUGGUAAGAUUGGCACAUUCUGGACCAGAUGUCCUGGAACUAGAGGUAGCAAGAACUUGCAAUGUCCUGGCCCCAAGAGUAGCCCGAAGUCCAAAGGAAUCUGGAGACGUUGCUGUUUACUCGGGGUACUUGUGGAGACGUGCCACCACCGUGAAUCCUGCGGGUAUUGCCACUGAUAAGUGGGUCCGAAGGUGGUUCGCUUUGCGUCGUGAUAAUUGCCUUUACUACUACAAGACUGAUUCGGAUGCUCAGCCGGUUGGAGCAGUCAUGCUCUUGAAAUACGAUGUCGAAGCUACCCCUGAAUUGAGGAAUUUCAGUUUUGCGAUUAGGAAACUUGGAGCACCCUCGCAUCAUUUGGCUGCUGAUAGCGAAGAAAUGAUGCAAAAUUGGAUCACUGUUAUCAAGGAGGCUGUUGAAAGAAAUAAUCAGGCGGAUACAUGGUUAGAUGCUUCGGUGCGAAUGCAGCAGUUGCCAGCCUGUUCAAUCCAGCGGCCGGACUGCUUUGGCUACCUGAGCAAGCAGCAAGACCGCGCGAAGAAGACCUCGUCACCCACUGGAUGGUCCAGGAGGUACUGUGUUCUGAAAGAUGCUGCACUAUACUUCUACGAUGACGCUAAUGCGGAAAAGGCUUUUGGAGUUGCUUGUCUUCAUGGAUUCAAGGUCCACGGCAGCGCGUCCCACGGAGGCGGCCGCAAACAUGCUUUCGAAUUGCAGCCACCCGAUCCUACCCAAAGGAGCUACACUUUUGCUACCGAAACCGAAAUGGACAAAAAAAGGUGGCUGGCUGCGCUCGAGUACUCAAUCGAUCGGUGGAUAAAAGUAGGUUGA